UAUCACAACUAACUUUCUCUCACUCUCAAAGUUAGAAAUAAGUUAGAUGCUCUAAAAAUGUUACAAAGACUACUACUACCUCUCUUUCUUUCAAUAUACUCCUUACUACUUUCUAUCAUCUUCUUCAACCAAUCGGUAUCCGCCACGAGUCCUUUCAUCUAUGGCGGAUGCUCACAACUUAAGUUCACACCAGGCAGUCCGUACGACUUGAAUGUCAACGCGCUAUUUACUUCUUUAGUCAACGGGGCCUCUGUUUCUAUCUACAACAACGUCAAAAUAUCCCCUUCGGGUUCUAGUCAAAGUAACGUUGUUUAUGGUCUCUUUCAAUGCGAAGGAGACCUUAGCAACUCUAUUUGUAGAGAUUGUGUGGCUAACUCCAUCAGUCAGCUCAAGACAAUCUGUCCUGAGGCGACUGGUGGGGUCAUACAAUUUGAAGGAUGUUUUGUGAAAUACGAUAAUACAUCAUUUUUUGGAGUUGAGGACAAGACGGAAGUUUUAAAGAGAUGUGGCCCUUCAAUUGGUUAUAAUUCAGAUGCUUUGAACCGUCGAGAUGGUGAAUUGGCUUAUUUAACAACUACAAAUGGGCAAUAUUUUCGUCGAGGUGGGUCUGGGAGCGUGCAAGGUGUAGCACAAUGUGUUCAAGACUUAAGCGCGAGCGAGUGCCAAGAUUGUCUACUAGAGGCGAGUGGACGGUUGAGAUCAGAGUGUGAGACAUCGACUUGGGGUGAUAUGUUUUUAGGGAAAUGUUAUAUUCGAUACCUUGAUCGUCAACACCAUCACUCUUCAUCAACCGAUAAUGAAGAUGUAGAUAAAACAUUGGCUGUCACAAUUGGAGUCAUAACUGGGGUUAUUUUGCUCAUUGUUUUCAUAUCAUCAUUAAGCAAGUCUUGUGACAAAAAAGGCGGUAAAUAAGUAAAUGGUUGUUUGUGUACAUAUACUACAACUCAAGCUAGCCCAAAUCGUGAGCACAUAUUCCCCAAUCGUUUUUGAGAAAGAUUCCUGGUGAUCCAAAGUGAAACAAGUGGAAGCCCCUAGCUAAGGGUAGAAGGAUUCCCCCAAACACUCUCCAACCACUUUUUUACUUUUUCACCAAUCAUUUUCUAACUAUUUUGUGUGGAUCAAAAUGUAAUUUCACUUUAUUGUGAAUAUAUAUAUUUUUGAUGAUGUAUGGAAUAGUUGUUACAUGUUUGUUGUACCGUUCUAAACCUUUCCUUUGAUUCUUUUA